AGUGGAUUUGCACAAACACCAGGAGACCUCACACAGCGGCUUAGAGUGUCUCACGUGAGUCCAAAAGAAGAAGUGCAAAGGUUCCAACUGCGACUGCUUCCCAGGGUGGUGGAGAGGCGCCUGGCUGGACACUUGACCGAGGAGGGCUGACGCCCCUGUUCCGCAGAAAUCGAGAUGGCGGCGACGGUAAUCCUGCAGCCCGCGGGCCGCUGCAGCUGGGACGAGCCCGUUCGCAUCGCCGUGCGCGGCCUGGCCCCGCGACAGCCCGUCACGCUGCGCGCGUCCCUGCGCGACGAGAAGGGCACGCUCUUCCGGGCCCACGCGCGGUACCAAGCCGACGCCGGCGGCCUCCUGGACCUGGAGCGCGCGCCCGCGCUGGGCGGCAGCUUCACGGGGCUCGAGCCCAUGGGGCUGCUCUGGGCCCUGGAGCCCGAGAAACCCCUGGUGCGGUUGGUGAAGCGGGACGUGCAGACGCCCUUCGCCGUGGAGCUGGAGGUGCUCGACGGCCACGAGCCGGACGCCGGGCGCGUCCUGGGCCGGGCGGUGCACGAGCGCGACUUCCUGCGGCCGGGCGUGCGGCGGGAGCCGGUGCGCGCGGGCCGGGUGCGCGCCACGCUCUUCCUGCCCCCAGGUGCAGGACCCUUCCCUGGGAUCAUCGAUCUGUUUGGAAGUGGUGGUGGCCUUUGUGAAUACAGGGCCAGCCUCCUGGCUGGACAUGGUUUUGCUGUGCUUGCUCUGGCUUAUUUUGGAUUUGAAGACCUCCCUGAAUAUUUGGAUGAUAUGCACCUGGAGUACUUUGAAGAAGCCGUGGACUUCAUGCUGCAGCAUCCAAAGGUGAAAGGCCCUAAUGUUGGGCUUCUUGGCUUCUCCAAAGGAGGUGACCUGUGUCUCUCCAUGGCCUCUUUCUUGAAAGGCAUCACUGCCACGGUACUUAUCAAUUCCUGUGUGGCCAACACAAUAGUUGCUCUGCAUUACAAGGAUAUGAUUGUUCCCAGUCUUGGCAGUGACAUAGGAAGAUGUACAAUUAAUGAAUCAGGACUUUGGAAUUUUCUGGAUGUUUGGGACAAUCCACUGGAGGAACGCAAUCACCCAAGUAUUAUUCCACUGGAAAGGGCCCAGGGGCCCUUCCUGUUUAUUGUUGGCAUGGAUGAUCAUAACUGGAGGAGUGACUUCUAUGCUCAAAUAGCCUCUGAACGGUUACAAGCCCAUGGGAAAGACAGACCCCAGAUAAUCUACUACCCAGGAACUGGUCAUUGUAUUGAACCAGCUUAUUUUCCUCCUUGUAGAGCUUCUGUACAUACAGUGUUACACCAACCAAUAUUCCAUGGAGGUGAGCCAAAGGCUCAAUCAAGGGCACAGGUAGAUGCCUGGCAGCAAAUUCAAACUUUUUUCCAUAAACAUCUCAAUGGUAAAAAAUCUGUCCAGUCCAGCAAAAUAUAACAUUGUAAUCAUAGACCAGAUACUAUUAAUAAAAAUCUAAUUCAUACAACAUGUGUUGGGUUUUCCAAAGCACAUAGGGAACUUUUGGUAACAAAAUAAUUAUCUCAGCUCCUUGUCAGGUCCUGUUGGAUUCCAAGGCUUUGCAACCCUCCUUUCUUCACUGCCACCCCUCUCUCCCCUGAACUUUACCUACCAUAUAGGCUUAACCCUGAUUUUAUCCAUAGGAUCCAUCUUAACCUGAAAUAGGAGAAAUGUAAGAAGUGCCUACCCAACUCUCAAUUGCUGGCCUAGCUUUGACCUGUGUUCUGGUUGUGAAGACUGAGCUUCUGUAUUGCUGAGAGUUCCAUAUCCCCUUUGGACCCUAACUGACCAUGUCUGAACCUUGGGAACAUACCCACUUGAAUCCCUUAAGGAAUGGACUCUGCUUCUUUCUUGCCAGUACACGUUCCUGAAUGUGUAUUCAAGACUUGUCUCUGAACCC